AAUCCGCUUAAAUUCCCCUUCCCCCUUUCACUCUUUUUCUCUCUUGAACAGCUCCAAAGAAACCCUAACAAAAAUGUCCGGGUACGGUCACGAAGGAGACGGAUCUGCUCCACCGCCCGUUGGUGGAGGCUACGGUGGAAGUAGCGGUGGCUACGGAGGUAGUGGUGGAGGUUACGGAGGUAGCGGUGGCGGUGGAGGCGGAUAUGGAGGCAGCGGUGGGGGAGGUGGUUACGGAAGCAGUGGUGGUGGAGGCAGUUACGGAAGCAGUGGUGGUGGAGGUGGAUCCUAUGGCGGAAACCGUGGCGGAGGUGGAGGAUAUGGAGGCGGCGGCCGUGGUGGAGGUGGAGGCGGAGGGUAUGGCAGUCGAGGUGGAAGUGGUGGCAGAGAAGGAGGUGGUGGUGGAGGAUACGGUGGUAACUCACAAAAUCGUGGUGGAGGUGGAUAUCAAGGCGGAGAUCGUGGGCGUGGAGGCGGAGGUGGUAGAGGUGGUGGACGUGGCAGUGGUAGAGAAGGAGACUGGCCUUGCCCUAAACCGGGCUGUGGCAAUUCAAAUUUUUCUUGGAGAGCCGAGUGUAACAAAUGUGGGACCCCCUCUCCUGCUGGCGCGGGUGCUGGAGGUGAUCGUGGGCGUAAUGAUGGCGGCAGUUACAAUAAAGGUGGGGGUGGACGCAGUGACAGUAGAGGUGGGAGUGGUGGUGGAUAUGGUGGUGAUAGAGGAGGUAGGAGUGACUAUGAUGGUGGGAGUGGUGGCGGAAGUAGAGGAGGCGGUGGUUCCUAUGGCGGCAGUCAAGGAAGAGACAGCGGUGGUUAUGGUCAGGGGGCGGCAGCAGGGUAUGGCGGAUCUGACAGUAGUUAUCCUCAACCACCUUCCUCAUAUGGGGCUAACCCUGGUUAUGGAACCGAUGCUGUCCCUCCACCUGCAAGCUAUAAUGGUGGACCAACUUCAUAUCCACCUUCUUAUGGUGGUGGUGGUGGUUAUGGUGGAGAUUCUGGUGGUGGUCGUGGUGGUUCAGGUGGUGGAUAUGGCGGUGCUCCACAGAGUCAAGGCGGUUAUGGUGGUGGUUCUCCUGCUACUGAUGCACCCACGAAGGUGAAGCAGUGUGAUGAAACUUGUGAUGAGUCAUGUGACAAUGCAAGAAUUUAUAUCUCAAAUUUGCCUCCAAAUGUGACUGUUGAUGAAUUGAGAGAACUCUUCGGAGGAAUUGGACAAGUUGGGAGAAUUAAGCAGAAGCGAGGAUAUAAGGAUCAGUGGCCUUAUAACAUUAAGAUCUACACUGAUGAGAAAGGAAACAACAAAGGAGAUGCUGCUUUGGUUUAUGAGGAUCCUUCUGCAGCACAUUCUGCUGGGGGAUUCUACAACAAUUAUGAAUUGAGAGGUUACAAAAUUAGUGUGGGAAUGGCUGAGAAAUCUGCUCCAAGGGCUCCUCCUGCUCAUGGGCAAGGUGGAGGUGGUGGAAGAGGAGGCGGCGGAGGCUAUGGUGGUGGUGGUGGUGGACGCAGGGACAACUACAGAGAUGGUGGUCCGGAUAGGAACUCUCAUGGUGGGAACCGGCAGGGGGUUGAUCUUGUUCUUGUUCCCUUGGGGAGGGAGUUUAAGAGGUGAGUGUUGCUGUUGCUUGCUUUUUGAAUAACAACCAACAAAAAUACUACUAUGACUACUCCUGCCUGAUUCAUUUGCAUUGCGUGCCUUUUUUCUUCUCAACACUAUUCUGAUGAUUAAAACCCAAAUCUGCUGGAUGAGCUGUUUCAGUUUCACCCUCUUUUCAUUGUAAACUGUGUUGGCCCUUAGGGUUCUUUGUGUUUUUUUUUUUUUUGUUUUUUGUUUCUGUUGCUGUGCUGUGCUGUGAUGUGGUGAAAGCAGCAAGGAGCUGGAGUAUUUUUGAAAACAGGGUUAACGACAUGACUACUAAACAUGCUUCUAAUGACCUAAUAUUCCGAGCACUUGAAAUAUGUAGACUAAUGAUAUGCAGUUUGUAUGAGCUUAACAAAUAUACUACAACACUCUGUAACCAACUUUUUCUUUAUUUAACAUAAAUCUUG